UUAAUCGACCUUUGAUGGGUGCUUAAGCGACCUUUAGUGUUUAAUUAAGCCGUUUUAUCAGUUAGGCACACUUUGUUUACUUGUUUGGCGAUCGCGGUGACGGAAUAUAAUGCCCGUCGCUUGGUUUUCUAGUGGUUCUGUGAUGAGUUUUGACUCAUACCUGAAAAGGGCUUUCCGUGCAAAAACAUCGGUAUGCCCUUAGGCUGCAGGGAAACGUGAAUUAAGAUCUCAAAUUUAUCCAUCUCAGACCUGGAUGACUGAAGUCCAUUUGGACCCCCUGUCGAAACAGCCGCCAUUAUUCAAAUACGGCAGUCAGAGGCUAACCUAAGUAAGUGCCUUCAUCCAUUACGAAACGGUCAUUUUCUCAGCUGGACGCCUGCAUGAGUAUAUUGUGACUUUGAUGCAAAUUCGCUCGCGGUAUUUUGCAGGGGGCGAGAGGCCAUGAGCCAAAGCACCGCUAAUUAACUGUCUCUUGACGCCAUUUGAAGAGCGCUAAAAGCACCUUAUUAAUAAUGGCUUAUCUGAUGCUAGAUUUUUCAGUUUUGACGAGGUGAUUAAUGUUACCUUCGAUAGCCCAAACGUCUUGUUUGAGUCAAAGGCGAGCCCUUUUGAGUGUCAGUGCAGCACAUCACAAUCAACAGUUGCAUAUGUCACAGGAAGAUUAUAUAAAUCGUACAUCUUCGGAUUUUUUAUGGACUCUAGAGCCAUCAUGUCUGCUUAAUUACCUGUUUAAAGCCAUCUGUCUUAACUAAUCACCAUCACGGACGUAAACAGAGUUAAUAAAGAGGAAAACAUGGUAUGUAAAUAGAUACCCCCUAAACCUACCAACUCAGAUUAAUAGAUCUAGUAAGAUACUAUUCUUGGCACUCAAAAUGAUUACUGGUGCAAAUCGAGAAAGGUUACAGCUAUUCUGCCAUAUUUACGCUAAUUGAAAGGAAACCUGCACAAGAAAAUUAAACCCUGGGUGCAUUUACUGAGUGUAAAGAUACAACAAACCCUAUGCACCACCCUUAAAUCUAGUAACCAAAUAAACAAUUUGGGACAGAAGAAAAAUGAUUGAAUAUGUGAUUUUAGGUUUAAUAAUGCCAAACAAUACUGCUAUUCCCGAUAAAUCACUCGCUCUUAGAUCCUAGCUCGGGAACAAUGCAGCAAUGAUUAAUUGACUCCGAAUAAUUCACUAAACCUGCAAUCGUUUCGUGCCGAAGUUGAUGAAUAGUGUUAGACUUCAUCUAAUCAGCCUAGAAAAAUCCAGAAUCCAGAAAAGAAAGAUAGCCAAAAAGAUAACUUCCAAAUCGGUUUAAAGAUCGAUUUUUAUCAAGACGUAUGCAAAUUGUUCGCAAGUUACACAUUUUUUUUCCGCCGGCCAGACACUAGGCUAAAGAGAAAAGACAAUUGACGUGAGCGGAAGACUGUUGACAUGCAAGAGAGGAACAAGAAGAGGGCUGUUUGGAAAGCUGAGUUACGGUUAAUAUUGAGCGAAUAAAACAAUUAGCAAUGGAAGGAAGACCGGCAGAACUCCGACGAAUUGCCGCUGUGAUAUUUCUACUUAUCAACUUCGGAGUCAUAAUAUCAGAAAGUUUGGUCAUCGAUGACCCGCGAUCCACAGUUAUCUGUAUAGCAGGGAAUACAUCCCACAACGUGUCGUUCGAGAAGGACAUCACUGCCGGAGUAUUUACCUCUUUGGACACUGCAAACAGCAUCGAAAGCUGCGUGCGCAGAGCGUGCAACAGAAGGGAUGGGGACAUGACAUUUCUGGUGGGAAAAAGCUGCUUUAUGGUCAGAUGCUACUCGCCAACGUCGUGCAAGAUAGUGAAGCCUUCUUCCCCGAGUAGUGUCGACAUUUCUAUCACGCCUUACACGUGGUUUGAUGCAGCGCCGGUGUUUACCGACCUCCCGAGGGUUCUCGAAGUCAAGGAAAACAACCAACGAGGACAAAUUAUCAAGAACAUUUAUGGGCAAGCAAGGAGCCGUUGGAAUCAAAAUGCGUCCAUAAAAUACACCAUUAUUAAAGGAAAUAUUGGCAAUGCCUUCGAACUCAGGCACCAUCCACUCGGGCAAAGCGCGUCCUUAGUGGCGACCAAGAGACUGGACCGAGAAACAACCCCCUGGUACAGCUUAACAAUCUUAGCUAAAAACACGGAGGAGAACAAGACAAACACUACAGUGCUCUCGAUUAACGUAACGGAUGACAACGAUAACGCUCCGGUCUUCACGCACACGAAUUACUCCGUGACCAUAUUAAGUAAUCGUUCUUCAGGCUCUGAAGUUUUUAGAAUCAGCGCAACGGACGCUGACGUGGGCGAAAAUGCGCGCAUUCGUUUCUACUUGCUCAAUCAUCAGUCAUUAUUUCGGAUGCUGUCAGACAGCGGAACGAUUUUGCUGAAUCAGAAGCUCAGAGUGGAUCGAACACGCACCUACACGUUAAUCGUAGCGGCGAGAAAUGGCCCGCACAAGACCAUCACUUUUGUCUCAGUGAAGGUUCUACCAGUCAACGAGUAUAGACCAUUCUUUGAGAAUCUACAAUACAGGAUCAAAGUCUCCGAAGCAAUGAAAGCAGGAAACUCAGUGAUAAAAGUGUUGGCGAAGGAUUUUGACUAUGGGACGAAUGGAGAGCUGAACUUUUCCAUCAUAGCUGGAAACAUGUCAUAUUUUAGCAUUGACAACACCGGUGUAGUGCGGACGCGGGUGUCUUUACUUACUCUCGGGGGUAAAAACUCUACCUUAACGGUAGUUGUCAGCGACAGAGGCACGCCUCCAAAACGAGCCAUACACAUAGCGAAAGUGUUUAUCAUAAUUGAGGCGAUAAGAAAGCACAAAGUGACAUUUGAUUUAAAGGAGUAUUACGUGGCGAUAGCAGAAAACACUCCAGUUGGCUCGACUAUUCUUACUGUUCGCGCCGUCUUUGGGCGCGCGAAACUGGACGAAAUACCCCAAGCACAGCGAAGGCUUGAGAAGAAAUCCAAACGAGUCGUCUAUUCAAUUGGAAAUACCCUGGGUAACUUGGGCUUCACUAUCGGUAGACAUACUGGGGAGAUAAAGACAAAGGUGAACUUGGAUUACGAAAAGAUCAAAGAGUACAGGUUGACGCUAAUUGCAAAGGAUACCGAGAAAAAAGACGAAAGCGGGCGCGCUGAAAUAGACACAGCCGAAGUCAAAAUACAUGUACUGGACCUCAACGACAACGCCCCUCGCUUCAUUCUUGACUCUUACCAGAAGGUAAUCAGCGAGAACGCCACGGUGGAUUCAGUAAUACUACGGGUGACGGCGACGGAUCCCGAUUCUGGAACGAAUGGCCAAGUACAUUACUCGCUAUUAAACGGCAAUAUUAAUAACACAUUUGAGCUAGAUAACAACGAUGGAGUUUUAAAACUACAGCAAAGGCUCACACGACCUUCUGUGCCUAAUUUCUUCAAUCUGACGAUCUCUGCCACAGAUCACGGUACACCUCCCUUAACUUCCAAGUUCGUGUUCGUCUACCUGAAAAUUCGACGUCCUAUUCCGAAGUGUUCCGAAAAAGGCAAACUGGUUUUUCCACUUGCGGUGUACUUGGGAAAUGUCAACGAAAGUUCUCCCUUAAGAACGCCCAUUCUGCGCGUGCGUGCGAACAUUGGCAAGUGCGCCCCCAGAGCUAGAAUAAGCUACAUCAUUUCAGGACUUCGCGACCCGGAAGUUGAUGAGCACUUCGUUGUUCAGCCCCAAACAGGUGUUAUAAGACUGAUCAAGCCACUGGAUUACGAAGUGAGGAAUAGGUACUCAUUUCACGUCGGAGCAGUAGAUAUCCAAAACAAUAACACUCCCGACACUGUUCUGGUUCGAAUAUUGGUGGAUGACGUGAAUGACAACAAGCCGGUGUUUUUCAAACAGCGCUACAAGGAACUGAUAGCGACACUGCCAGAGCCUGGGACCGAGAUAACCAUGGUCAGAGCAUUUGAUAGGGACGCUGGGAAAAACGCCGAGCUGGAAUACUUUGUGAUCAGCGGCAGUGGUGGCUUUUUUAGAAUCGAUCCAAAAACUGGAGCCAUUUCAACCAUCAAAAAGGUGAAUACAGAGAAUCUUCGCCUGUUUAACAUAACAGUGUCAGUCUCAGAUCAAGGCACGCCGCCGCUGUCCUCCGUGCGGCAGGCUCACGUGUCAAUACUGGUCUUCACUCCACUCCAGUCCACUCUCAUUCUCAUUGAAACAACUGACACGACCAUGAAAGUGAGGUUUAACUUGAAGUACGUGGCACGUAGCAAUAUCGUUAAGUAUGGCAUUAUAGUGCAAGAAUACGCCCCAGGAGACAGCGAAUACGAAGAAUUAACACAAAAAGAUCCACUGACAUGGUACAAAGUUCAAAGAGGGUCACGGGAAAACCGCCGGUACAUCACCACAGUGAUACCAUCAAACCCAAAAAUCACAAAUGUGUUGGAGGUAAAUAUCGGCGUAGAUAAGAACUGCGAGAACAAACGAGCAGAUGAAGACUUCUGCAACGGGCCAUUAAAGUCAGGCAAGAAAUACAGAUUUCAACUGCGCGCCUACCUGAAGUCCACGGGGCCAUUUCAAGACGUUGCAUUUCAGGAUAGCGAUCUCUCAAAUCCACACUUUACAUCUUCGCCACCUGAAUCAGAGCCGUCGCAAAACAUAGAGGGAAGAAAAAAUUACGACGCAGUUGUGUAUAGUGUGGGGACAGCUUUGGUGCUGGUCAUAAUACUAGCCUUUUUGAGAGGAUUUUAUCGAUUAAAAUUGGACAGAAAGAGAAUUCACGAAGAAAAGAAGAAGCGCAUUUCAUUUCCCAUGAGCAAUCCACGGUUUCAGGAGCCUAACUCGCCAGUUGAAAAGAUUAAAACCCCAGGACCCGCAAAGAAGAUGGUUGCUGUCAAUCAUGACAAAGGCUCAGAGUUCAGCCACCAUGACGAGGACGAAGGCUCUUCCCCAGACUCCGCACUAGAUGAAAGCACAAGGCCAUUAAAAGACAGAAGGCGACGCCCAACCUUACAAGAAGUAAGACUUAAAAACUACUUUAACUCCGUGGAGUCAUCGUCUUGCGCAUCCUGUGAACACGUGAAAAUUUACUGCGUGCAGGAGACGGUCACGUGAUCCAUUGCCUAGCAACCACGGAAACUUGCGGGACAAGAGUGGAAAAAAAAAGAACGAAUGCAACUGCCUGGUGCAGAGAGGUUAUUGAUCAUUACGUUAUGUACGCCUUGCGUGCCUACAAAGUUAAUUUUAAGCGUUUCACUUUAUAGUUGAAGGAAAAGUUUGCUUGUUUGUUGGAAUUAAUUCAAGAUAAAUACAAGGCGAUUCUAAAGCUGGGCUAAAAAGAUCAGAGUAUUAAAAUUCGCUUGUCAAAAAAGAACAGAAAACAACGAAAGUUAUAACAUGUGAAAUGUAAGUAAGAGUAAGUUAUUAUUAAUAUUUCAAGCACUCACUAUAAAAGAACACAGUUCCAUUUAGCAUAUUGCUAUUAGUUACCCUGAAUAGAGUAAGAAAAUGCUGCAUUUAUAGGCUAAAUGCCAAAAAUGUUGAGAUAUUUAUCUCCCAAGAUGGAAAUGUAAAUGUUAAUAUGAAAAUAUCUUGUUAAGAGAAGAGUUAUUGACUGGGAGGCUUCUCCCGGAUCUAUAUUGUAUAUUGAUUAUAUAUGAUAAUCUUGUAUAGACCAUUUCCAGGUUGUAAACGUAGUUCUUAGUUCUAGAACCUUUACCAAAGAAAUGAUUUGUAUAGAUCAAUGAAAACUGAACUCGAUUUGAGCAACUUGUACCUGUUGUUAAAUCUUUUUUCACAGAAGUUGUGAUUUUACAUGGAGCGGUUUGUAACAGUUUUCAGUACCGCUUCGGCAAUGCAGAGUUUUCCGGUUAGCUUAGGACGCAAUGCAAUUUUUUUUUAAACCAAUCAGAGCACGAUAUUCUAACCUUUUUACGGCAAGUGCGAUUGCAGAGAAUUUCUCAUUACACUGUUCUGUUACUAAGCUUACUAGAAAAAUGACUUGUAAUCUUCAUACAGGUGUCAUCAAUUUUCACCCUUCAAGGUGUAAGUUUUAUAGCAGGAUUCUUGAGCUUAGAGCUUUCAAGCCUAAGAAAGAGAAUUUUGUUCGUACUGUGGAUCAGGAUGAGACCCCAAAACGCGUUUGUUAAACCACGGUUUAAAUACUGUAAUCGAUUGAUACUGAGCCAAAGCUAUCCUUGCAUAACGACCUAAGAAUGUAAUGAAGCUUUAAUAAUACGCGAUUGAUAUACGUUUUUCCUUGCCGUUGCUGAGCAUGCGUGUUUCCGCAAGUUUCGUUUUGCGUUUGUCGCUAAGUGAUUGGUUAAAAAAAAUCGUCCAAAGUGCCUACCCAAUCAGAAUAAACGUGUCUCAGGUGACUGGUCCACGUCACUUUUCCCGCGCUUUUCACGAACUGUAUCUUUUCACUACCGUUUGAUUCGAUUCCCGUCUUUACACUAGCUGUCUGUCGCUGUUGAUUUAAAUUCAAGAACUUUGAAAACUGCUUGAGCAACCGCUGGGACUAUUUUUGUUAUUGUUCAAUUGUAAUUGCAGCCAUUGUUCUAUCGUACAAUAUCUCCUUAACCAAUUUUGUAAUUAUGACAAGUAAUUUAAUUUAAAUGCAAAUUCGAAUGAUUAACUUUGUGAGACAACUAAACAAGGUUUAAAGUAUAGUGAAAAUUGAUUAAGAAGCUUAUUUAGCUGACUCGAGAAAGAAUUAAAAUUGCAAUGUUGG